AUGGACACAGACACAGGCAUGCACCAAAACCAGCACAACAACCACCUCCACAACCAACACAACAACCAACAGUUCAAAACCCUGCACCUGCACCACCUCCACAACCAGCACCACAACCAACAGUUCAAAACCCUGCACAACAACAACAACCACAAACAGAGCAAGGACAUAAAAGAAGUAGAGAACAAGGAAACCAAGAAUUCUUAA